AUGUUUUCGUAUUCAUUUGGUAUUCGUCGUUUAUGUAUUGGAUUUAUUAAUCGAAUUAAUAAUAAAGAAUUAUUUGUUCAAAGUUAUUCUUUUGUUCGAUAUCAAACUCAAUUUAAUCUUAAAUUAACAAAUGAAAAUGAAAAUGAAAAUGAACAAAAAUUUGGUUUAUUUAAAAGUUUCAAUGUAAGUCAACAAACACAAAAUAUAUUAAAAGGUUUUUCAUUGAAAUAUUUUAAAUAA